ACUAAGCGUGUGUGUCGAAUGAACAAAACGGUGAAAACGGCAUUUUGAGCUGUUUUACUGCCUUACUUUCUGUGAAAUAUACCUGUUUUCCUGCUACUAUGUCUUCUCAGCAAGCACCAACUGUUGUUUUCGAUACAAGUAUGGGAAAAGUAACCAUUGAGUUGUACUGGCACCACUCGCCCAAAACCUGCAGAAAUUUUGCCGAGCUUGCGAGACGGGGAUACUACAAUGGUGUUAUAUUUCACCGCAUCAUCGCCAACUUUGUCGUGCAAGGUGGGGAUCCAACUGGCACAGGACGUGGAGGCGCCUCCAUCUACGGGUCAACCUUCCCAGACGAGUUUCAUCCAGAUCUUCGGCACACUGGAGCAGGAGUACUCUCAAUGGCAAACGCCGGCCCCGAUUCCAACGGCAGCCAAUUCUUCAUCACGCUAGCACCCUGUCAGAAUCUGGACGGUAAACACACAAUAUUCGGAAGAGUCUCCGAGGGUUUGGGUGUUGUGAAACGUAUGGGAAUGGUGGACACCAAUUCAGAGGACCGACCGUUCGAAGACGUGAAAAUACUACGGGCCUAUCCGUCAGUUUGAUGAAAUAUGUGCCUUCAACAAGAAACUGUACAGUGCUCACUGUUUGUGUUAAAAAGUCUUAGUGCUAGGAACUUCAUAACUUUGGUGUGUGGAUCACGCAGCAUGUUUGCCUGGACACUAACUUCAACGAUUUUCUGGAAGCGCCAUUGUAUCUUGAGACAACGUAGCCAUUAACAGACAGACGCUUGUCAUUCGCAACAAUUAUUAUCUUAUCACCUGAUUUACCUAUACCAAUAACAAAUUGGCUGCUUGUUUCCAGUGGAAAUGAUGGACAUUCCUACCAACAGUCAGUUUUCACAAUGAAACCAAUCUAAGUAUUGACCCAUUUCACCUGAUGUCAUCAUCGUAAAAAUCUUGAAUGUGCCAUACGUGUUUUUAUAUAUAACUCUAUGCUGUGCGUUAUGCAGUGAAGUGCGACGCGACGUUAAUACACGUAAACCUAACUGCCCACCAACAUGGUGAGCAUGGCAUUAGUCGUCGCAUGUGACGCACGUGCAAGGGGUCAAUAUGGAACUUUAUUGAGGCACCUUACAAUGAUGUACUAUUUUUUUACAAUUUUUGUCUCGGGAGGGCACAAGACUGGAGGGCUUUUAGCUAAAAAAAAUACUGGACCAAUUUUUUUUCUUUCAAGAAUAGGAUCCAAAUGAGUUUAACAAGCUCUCAGAGAAGAUCUAUUUUAUUUUGUGUUUAUGUGCAAGUGUGCUUCAAUGCUCUUGCCAGAAAAUUGAAAGGUAGUUAUCAUGGUCAAAUUCGUUUCACCAAGCCAUGGAACAAUGAGGUGUUUCAUUCAAUUGAAGAAAAA